CGUUCCUAAAUGACUGGUCGGCAUAACAUCGCGGAACCUUUUAUGUUUUAUCCAUAAACGUCUCUGAAACAGCAAAAUGUCUAACUCCCUGUUAGCAGAGGUUGGAUGGGACGCGGGGUUUGCCAUCCCUGUAGCUGACAGAGAAAAUAAAGCGUUAGAGGAGGAGCUUCAGAAGAAGCAAAAAGAGCAAUUAAAUCUCGAAAACAAAAUAAAUAAAAACAAGGAUGUCAUAAGCGCUCUAACCGAACACCUCAAAAAUCUAAGACAAGAGGUUUCUCACACUCAGGCAUUGUGCAAAGCCAGAGAGAAGGAGACCGAAUCAGAGGUGCAUUUCAGAGCCCUGGCGGAGAGAGAGACAGGCCGCUUGAAGCAGGAGAUCAGUCAGCUGGAGAAUCAACUGAAAACGCUGAAUGAGAAGAAGAACGCACAAGAGAACAGCGUCUUUAAAGCCACCCAGAAACUUGACGAACUGAAGAAUCGGCUGAACUGGGAUCAGCAGACCCUGGAGGCCUGGCUGCAGGAGUCAGCUCACAAGGAUGAAGACACCAUGGCCAUCAUCAAGUACGCCAAGCAGGACGAAAGCAAGAUUCGAGAGCUGACGCUGAACAUUGAGAAACUGACUCUUGAAGCCAACCAGAAGAGAAAAACCUUGGACAGCGAAGUGACUGAGAGUGUUACAGCACAGAUCGCUCUUGACAAGACAGCCGAGAGCUUUCGUCAGGCUCACAUUGAGAGACAAGAGAUGAUCAGCCAGUGGGAGAACACCAUUGAACAAAUGAGAAAAAGAGACCAGGAGAUACAGCAGUGUGCCAUGUUGCAGGCAGAGGUGAAUGAAGUGAUUAGAGAGAAGAAUGAUGUGCUCAAGGAGAGGAAGGACUUCAUGGAGCGUGAGAUAGAGAACAAUAAGGAGCUGGAGAGGAAUAUAAGCACGGCUGAACGUCAGGCGCUUCGACUCAGGCAGCAGCUUCAGGAAGAGGAGAGGAACCAAAGACGUCUGCAGGAUGAGGUGGAAGUUCUGAAGGGAACUUUAGACCGAACAGCCACAGAUGUGGAGACCACCAGAUCUCAGUUAACCAGCAUGAAAAAGGACAUCCAGGACAAAAUAGCAAAAGUUGAAGAGGCAAAGCUGCAUAACUCUGCUCUGAAAGAGAAGCUGCGGUUGGUGAUGGAGGCAGUGCUGGAUGGUGAAGAACAAGCAGAACAGAUGGAGCAACUGCGUAAAGAACAGGAACAGAACAUCAAAGAGAUAGAUGCUCAGCUCCUCCGGCAAAGAGAGCUCAUGUUCAGAAAGAGUCAGGAGUUGCAGGGAAUGCGUGAUAAGGAGAAGAACAUCACGGCUGAGAUCUGUGCCACCCGAGUCGCUAUCUCCAACCUAGAUAGCAGACUCAGCAAACUGGACCAGAACCUGCUCAAACAGCAGAUGAUCAUCUCCAACCAGGACUUUCAGAUCCAGAUGCUGGAGAGGAAGACUUCACACUUGCAGGGGAAGGUGAACACAGAAGAGAAGGAAGCUCUGGAGAAGAAGGCCUCUGAUCUGGAAGAAGCUCUAGAGGAGAAGAAGAGAACAGCCACCACCCUCACAACACAGCUGAAGAAACUCCAGGAUGAUAUCCGCUGCGUUAGAAAAGACACAGAGAAGGUCGGAACAGAAAAAAGAGAACUGACCUCCAAGAUCCAUGAGCUGGAACUCUUCAUUGACAACUCUGAGAAAGAUCAGAAGAAACUCAGGCUCAAAAAACAGGACAGCAUGGUGGAGAGAGGUCUCCUGAAGAUGGAGGUGCAGCGUCUGAGAGAUCUGUUGUACGACCGAGCAGAUGGAGUGCUGAGCCUGGAGAAGAGACGUCUGCAGCUUCAGACGGCCAUGAAAGAGAGAGAGGAGGAGAUCCGUGUACACAGAGAGAUGCUUACUAAACAGAUCAAGCUCACUGAACAAGAGAGACAAGGGCUCAGUGCUGCUGUGAACGAGAGACUGUUCAAAAUUGACAAAAUGAGGAAGAGGUACGAGAUCCUGACUGUUUCUUUGGCUGCACCAGAGGGAGAAGAGGAGAAAUCCCAGGCCUACUUCAUUAUAAGGGCAGCUCAAGAGAAAGAAGAACUCCAGCGGCAAGGGGAUGAUUUGGACGCCAAGAUCCGCAAGACUGAGAAAGAGAUCCACGCGUUGGAGAACACUCUGCAGGUCGUCAACAACUGCAAUACAACCUAUCGUAAAGCUCUGACCAAAGUCACAGAGUCCAGCCCUGCGCAUCAGGAGAAACUGAAGCUGGAGGAGCAGAGGCGAGCAGCUGAGGAGAAAUACAAAUACAAGAAACGACAAAUCCGAGAACUGCAGGAGGACAUUGAAAGCAUGUCCCACACGUUGGAGGGUCUUCUUCAUGAGGAAGCAGUUCAGAAUGAGAGCGUUGAGAGGUCUCAAGCCCAUGUGCUCUCUCUCAACAAAGACAUUCUCUCUCAGGAGGAGAAACUCAACAGAGCCAUCAAACAGUGUGCCAAGUAUACCAGGGAAAUCCGUUCCGCUAAAAACACCGGUGAGAAGACCUUUGAGGAACGUGACAUAGAGCUACGAGAACUCAGAGAAUUAAAUAAAAGCGUAAAUAAGAUGCUCCUGGAAACCAUGGAGGAGAACCCAGACCUAUCAUCUGCGCUGCAGAUACGUUUUAUGCAGGCUGGUCUGUCCCUUCCCUCUCCCGCUUCCACUCCAUCCAGCCGUCUGAGCUCAAAGACCAACUCAGCCCGCAGUUCUGCUUCACUCCAUCGAGCCUCAAACCCUUCAACCAGCAGCAGUCCCAGAAACCAGUCUGUCACGUCCCCUGCGGUGAAGACGCUGGAUCUGGGUUUGGGUCUCUCUGUCACGUCUCCUCAAGGGUCUCGGCCGCCCAGCUCUGGCAGCAGCAGCAGGAGCAGCAAGUGCAAAAGCCCUUAGAACCAGACGGCGGUUUCUAUGAAGAACUGUGAAGUUAUUAAGUCUAAUUAUACCAGUACCACCUUCGUUGAUAUUCCAGCUGUAACGCAAUUCAGUCAUUCAAUUCAGUGUUUCUUUAAAACAGCUUUUAUGUUUUCAUUUUCCUAGGAAUUCGUUUCUAGGAGAAGUAUGACUUUUAGACUUUUUUCAUGUUAGACAUUUUUCGUGAAAACUCUUGCGGUUGGAAGUACAGACACAGGGCUUGUUUUAUUUUACUACUACUUUUUAACUUUGAUUGUGUUACAUGCAGCAACAAGAAAGAAACAAUAAAACCCUACAUUCAUGUGUGCUUUGGCCCGUGAUCAAUCAGAGGUAUCAGGUGAAGGGAAAAAAAAAUCUGAAUAACUUCCGUCUGCUGCCCAUUGUGUUUGUGCCGUCAGUUCUUGGGUGUGUUCAGCCUCAUUAUUCAUGAAAACCCAUGAGACGGUUCAAUCAACGCCCUCAGACAGCCUAGAAACCUGAAGAGCCACUCGAUGUUUAUUCAGAUACGUUCCUCCUAAAGGAUAACCAACAUGGAGAAAGCUUGCGUCCUGUUUGUUGGAUUUCUGUUUUUUUCUUUUGGACAAUCGACCUCUACCGUUGCUCCCACAAUAUCAGAAACAACAUCAACUCCAGACAUCUGGACAAUGACUUCUUCACCAUCGACACAGCAGCUCGGCUCUUCAGUUAUUACUGGCUUGAGAAUAAAUGUCAAAUCUCUGGUUGAUCUGUCUAUGAACUCACCUGAGAUGGAGCGGCUUGUACGCCAGAUUGAAAAUUUCAUUCCUUCUCAACACAAAGCAACAACGUCUAUUACUGUGAGAAGAAUCCAGAAAGGCUCCAGCUCUUUUUAGGAAUAUUAAUAUUGUAAUCUAGUAUUCAUAUUUUAGUAAGGUCAGCUAAACCGUCACGACUAUGUUAUACUUCUUUGUGUAGUUUAAACAGAGCGCAUACAUACGAUUUAUUUUCUUUGUUCAUAAAGUACUCUGAAUCAGCAGCAGUGUCAAGGCACAACUUUAAGCUUAAUUGCUGUUAAUUAAAUACUAUUAAGUCUUUUUUGCCAUGAUAACUUUGCUUUAGUUUUAUUUAUAUAGCCUAUUCCAUGUGUAACAAUUGGACUAUACCCAAUCAGAAAACAUAAAUGUUUACAAAUAUAUAAGAAACAUGUGUUUUUUCUCCAAUAAAGACAGUUAUGUGUCCUCAAUCAGGCAAAAGUCUUGUCAA